UGAUGAACCACCCCUUUGAAAAAAACAUUAAAAGCAAUAUAAGGUCAAAACACAAAUCUCUCUCUGGAUUCUCAACGUACGAGCUUCAAACAUAUCUUCGCAACAGCAAGUUGGCUGAUCAACCGCUUCUGUAAUUCUUAGAUUUCAGAAUGUCUACAAUGGGAGAUGUGAGCAGUAGAUCUGUGAGAUGGGAUGAGGCAAAACUAUCAGAAAUCGAAGCCAAUAAACCUGUUAGGCAGAAAAUUACAGAACCAAAGACUCCUUUUCAUCGUAUGACUGAUGUUGAUGCUGAACUCAUGUGUGUAGGAUCUCUGUCUCCUGUACGGAGUCCUUGUAUCUCUAAAACGGAUGAUGAAACCGUGCAUUCUGUGUUCAAUGACAUGGUUUCUUCCGAUAGUGACAAUAGCUCACAGCUGCCCUCUCGAUGGACAUCGUUAGAGGCAGAUGCUAUGGAUGAAGAUAAUGCAGGCAGGAGUUCGAGUUUCAAGGAGCAAAGGCGGGCACACUAUGACGAAUUUCGUAAAGUAAGGGAGCUUAUGCGAAAGGGAUCCUUAGACGAAUCAUCAAAUGAUGAUGAUGAGAAAUUCUAUGUGGACUGUGAGACGCCAUCAUCGUUGGCUGUUUGUGUGGGAGAUAUAGACAUUGCAAACGUUGACGAUCUAUCUGAAAAAUCCUCAUCCCCGGUCAAGUAGCUCGAGUCAGUGGCUUAGCUCACUAUUGAAUUUAUCCAUGUUCUUAAGUUUCAAACUUGUGUUGUAAAAAUGAGUGUUUGAAAGUUGUUAUCUAUUGAAUUUUCAACUUUCACAAAACUUCCUUAUUUGCAUGUAAUCUUUGAUUCUAAUAAUCCCAAGU